GAAAUUAAAACACUUUUUUUUUUUAAUUAUAGAAAUUAAAACCUCAAUUUUUUUUUUUUUUUGGAAAAGGUGGAGGGGAAGGAUCCAACAAUUAUUGGCAUCGAAUGCGGGAAUCCGGACUUUCGCUAUUCCGCUGAAUUCCAACUGAUCUCUCUCUUUCUUUCUCUUAUAUUUCUUUAUAGAUUGUUUGUUUUUACCAUUAUUUUUGGUGGGCUAUAAAUUGGGGAGAGGCGGCUUCCCUUCUCUUUCCCCGCCUUCCCACUGGAGGGUCGACGCCGCACCCCUUCCUCUUAUCAUUAGGGCCUCAAUUUCUCUCUCUACCACAGAAGAAGAGAGUUCGCGAAGGAGAGUUUUCUGAAGUAAAAUAUUGAUUUUGGUGAGAUGAGCGGGCUCUUCUUGUGCUCGGAUGGGAUCCUUCUUGGCUUUGAUUAGGGCAGGAAGGAAGAAAGCUUGUUCUUGAAUCACUGGGCAGAACUGUUCAGAUAAAAUAUUGGAUUUUUACUGUCUUGGACUAUUGACGCAUUCAUCCUUGAUCUUUUCUGUUACUUCCGGUGACGGUUUGAGAGAUAUUCUUGCAGGUCUGGCUGUUGAGUUCUCAUCGGUGCUCUUGUGAGUCUUGAGCAAGGUUCUGAGGGUGUUUAAAGGUGGAAAUUUUGUUGUUGCAUUUGUGACUUUGGGGGUUUGGAAGAAAUCAUGAGGCCACUGAAUUAGAAAAUUUGAAUCGUCUCUUAAGCAAUUGUACUUCUGAGAGCUACCUUGGUGUGAAGAUGGCAGCAGAUGGUAACACGAAUUUUUACCAUGGGGGAGUUCUCCAAUCUUUCUGCGGUCAGCAAGUGGAUUCUUUUCAGUCAGAGGCAGUUAACAGUGCGCCAAGGAUGAUCGGCACGAAUAAUAUGAGUGGGAUUAACAGCAUGGCCGGGAUGAUUCUGACUAACAAUCCUGGAACGAUGAUGAAUAAUGCCUCUUUGAUGAUUCCACCUAGCAAUUCUCCUAGCAAUAUCUUCCUCGAUCCGGUGCCUGGUCUCAAGCAUGGUAUAGGGCUGGCUGCGGACUGGUCAUACGAAGAAACGGCCGAGUUGAAGAGAGGUCUUAUCAAAUAUGCAAAUGAACCUACUAUCUUGAAGUAUAUCAAGAUAGCAUCUAGUCUACCUGAUAAGACCGUAAGGGAUGUUGCAAUGAGGUGUCGGUGGAUGACUAAGAAGGAAAAUGGUAAACGACGGAAGCAAGAAGAAUAUUAUGCAGGAAAGAAAAUCAAAGACAGAAAGGAAAAGAUGGUGGAUUGUUCCGCAAGGGCUGAUAUACAUCCCAUUCAACCAGACAAUGCAGCUGUUUAUUCUUCUAUGAUGAAUCAUGUGAACCACAAUAAUCAAUUUUCGUGUGAAGUAGCCCCUGUAAUUGAUGGUGCAACACAGCAUCUUCUAGGUGAAAAUGCUCGACUUUUUAACAAAAUUGCUGCUAAUAUUUCAACAUUCCAGAUGCGUAAUAACAUUGAACUCUUUUGUCGCACAAGAAACAACAUUACAGGCAUUAUAAAUAGCAUGAGUGAGAUGCCUGGUGUUAUGAGUCAGAUGCCUCCAUUGCCCAUUUCAAUAAAUGAGGAUCUUGUCAAUUCCAUUCUCUCAUAUGCCAAUCAAGUUUAUGCAGCAGGUAACUUGAAGGAACAACCAAACUGCGGGUAACUGACUGUGAGAUGAGGUGCAAUCAGUUCUAUGUAAUUACAAAAUCUUCUUCUGUAAAUGCAUGGAAAUGGUCAGAGCUGUCUCCACUGCAAAGACUAUCAAGAGCAAUCUGUAAAGUUCCUAUCUUGGAAUAUCUGAGGAGCAUCAAGCAUCCGGAAGUAAUCCAUUUCCUGGGCUGAGUUUGACCUGACACUGCACAUUUUGAGCUUCUGCUGUAGAGUCACCAUGUAUAUGCUUCAUUCAAGAGGGAACUUCUGGAACGAUAACAUUUCUAGGUGCUUGCAUAUAAGUCAUUCUUUUUGCUUCAUCGUCAUGUCCAUUCAGCAUUCAAAAUGGACAAAGAUUUAGUGGCAGAUAUGAAUCAAUCUUCAUACCGUAUUAACCCAAACCUAUAUGUGGAAAGAAAAAGAACCAAGCUGCUCAUCAUCUGUGAAUGAAUUAUUUGUCAUGCA